ACGUGGGUGUGGGGACUGACUGGGUAAAACUUUACAUAAAAAUCUAUUCUCAUUUAGAAGGCUAAAAUCACAUUUAAUCUACUCACAAAUAGUUUCAUAUUUAAUCAUUUAAGUAUUACAACAUUUAGAUGUAACUCUGACGUAUACAUUGUGAAAGCUGUUAGAUACAAUGUUUCUGUUAGAACUUCUUUAAUGAUAUCACAAAACAAUAAAUUAUCUGACAUGAUUGUUCUUUAAGUCCCUCCCGACCAUUUCCCACAUUCUUUGUUAGAAAUAUUGUUUCAUUAUCCACUUUUGGAUGUUGGGAUUUUGGCGGGAAGAAUCUCUUCAUAAGAAAAGGGUUCUGUUCCCUCAAUACUUCCUGGCAAGGGAGAGAGAGUUCCUGCAAGGUAUUUAUGACCUGGCCUGAAACAUUUGAUUAGCCGGCACCUUUGAUCUCCAUCCAGGAGGGCAAGACAUCACCUGCACAGUGUAUCCCUCUCAGGGCAGUCCACGGGAAUAGACGUACCUAUACUACUACUGCACUACACUACUACUACUACUACUCUACUACUACACACUACUACUACACACUACUCUACUACUACUGUUAGUACUAGUGCUACUACACUAUUAAUACUACUACUACACACUACGACUGCUAUUACACUACUAUACUACCUCUCCCUCUCAAGGCACUCCUGAACCCCGGCAAGAGAUUUAGCUAGUUACUACUACUGCUAUUACUGCACUACUAUCACCAGUACGGUGUCUCCCUUUUCAUGGCAGUCCUGAACUACAAGAAGAGGUAGCGAGAUAGCUACACCAACCUGGCUAAAGACGCCUGAUAACCUGGCUGUUGUUGUUGUUUGCUACAGCAAUGACUCCAGCUGUAAGAAUGAGCCUGUUGAGGUGAUGCCCUCCAUCUCCCUGAUCUCCACGUUCCCCCAAGCCCCCUCCACCUCCGACUCCGUCAGGAUCAAGUGUCGCGAGAUGCUGUCCCAGGCGCUACAGGCUGGAGAUGACUAUAUCGCUAUAGGAGCUGACUGUGAUGAACUGGGAGCUCAGAUUGAAGAAUAUAUCUUCUGUGAGUUUAAGAACACUGACCCCAAAUAUAAGAACCGUGUCAGGAGUCGCAUCGCCAACCUGAAGGACGUCAAGAACCCCAACCUCAGGAAGAGUGUUCUCUGUGGGAACGUCCCCGACCGCAUGGCCAAGAUGACCGCUCAGGAAAUGGCUAGUGAUGAGCUGAAGCUGAUAAGGAAGAACCUGACCAAAGAAGCCAUUAGAGAUCACCAAGUGUCCCAGACCGGAGGGACCCAGACUGACCUGUUCACCUGCGGCAAGUGCAAGAAGAAGAGGUGCACCUACACUCAG